AUGGAUUCCCCAUACGAGAGUCCCUUUCCAAAAUUUCAAUUAUACCAUACUGUAGUUCGCAGAUAUGCAACUAAUAGACCAGUCAUUCCAGUAACAUCCCACGAAGUGUAUGCUCAAAACUACUAUGACAUUUCGCCUACUAGUCUUAUUGCAACCUAUAUUUUUUUGAUUUUGUUUAUAUCAAUGUGCUAUAGAUUAAUUGAUAAGGCUUUCUUCCAAGGCCGAUUAAUAAACAGUAUCUUCGGUUCCGAUGAGGAAAAUGUAGACACCACAGCUGUAAAUGAAUCUGAUGAGGACGAUUUAUACUACCUUGGUGACUUCGAAGAAAACGAAGAACAUGAACAGAAGGAAGAACAUGAACAGAAGGAACAGCAGGAACAGAAGGAAGAACAGGAACAAAAGGAAAAAAAGGAACAGAAAGUUGAAAAAGUACCUUUGGAAUCCCCAGAAAAGGCAGGAAGCUCCAUGUACUCAUAG